AUGCGCCUCAACGGCUCUGCACCCGGCACCCCGGCGGCGCUCCUGGCCCCGGGCUUCGGCAACGGUUCGGACAACGCCUCAGAGAACGUCCUCGCUGCGCCCAGCAGCGACCUGGACGUGAACACCGACAUCUACUCCAAGGUGCUGGUGACGGCCGUGUACCUGGCGCUCUUCGUGGUGGGCACGGUGGGCAACUCGGUGACGGCGUUCACUCUGGCUCGCAAAAAGUCUCUGCAGCACCUGCAGAGCACGGUGCACUACCACCUGGGCAGCCUGGCGCUGUCCGACCUGCUCAUCCUGCUGCUGGCCAUGCCGGUGGAGCUGUACAACUUCAUCUGGGUGCACCACCCCUGGGCCUUCGGCGACGCCGUCUGCCGCGGCUACUACUUCCUGCGCGACGCCUGCACCUAUGCCACAGCCCUCAACGUGGCCAGCCUGAGCGUAGAGCGCUACCUGGCCAUCUGCCACCCCUUCAAGGCCAAGACCCUCAUGUCCCGCAGCCGCACCAAGAAGUUCAUCAGUGCCAUCUGGCUGGCCUCGGGCCUGCUGGCGGUGCCCAUGCUGUUCACCAUGGGCCAGCAGAACCGCAGCGCCGACGGCCAGCACCCCGGCGGCCUGGUGUGCACGCCCACCGUCCGCACCGCCACCGUCAAGGCCGUCAUACAGGUCAACACCUUCAUGUCCUUCCUGCUCCCCAUGGUGGUCAUCUCAGUCCUGAACACUGUCAUUGCCAACAAGCUGACAGUCAUGGUCCGCCAGGCGGCCGAGCAGGGCCAGGUGUGCACGGUCGGGGACCAGCAGGGCACGUUCAGCAUGUCCAUCGAGCCCGGCAGGGUCCAGGCCCUGCGGCAUGGCGUCCGGGUCUUACGCGCCGUGGUCAUCGCCUUCGUGGUCUGCUGGCUGCCCUACCACGUGCGGCGCCUCAUGUUCUGCUACAUUUCGGACGAGCAGUGGACUCCGUUCCUCUACGACUUCUACCACUACUUCUACAUGCUGACCAACGCGCUCUUCUACGUCAGCUCCACCGUCAACCCCAUCCUGUACAACCUCGUCUCUGCCAACUUCCGCCAGGUCUUCCUGUCCACCCUGGCCUGCCUCUGUCCCCUGUGGCGGCGCAGGAGGAGGAGGCCGGCGCUCCCCAGGAAGGCCAACAGCGUGUCCAGCAACCACACCUUCUCCAGCAACACCACCCGGGAGACGCUGUACUAG